AUUCUCUUCUCUUCUCUCUCUCUCUCCAAAUCAAGCAAUAUGUCGACGACACACCUGAACCGUUCGAUCUUUAUCUCUCUCCUCCUCCUUCUCAUCGCUUCUUCUCGAACCGCUGGAGCAAACCGGACGAUGACGACAUCAAGAACAAACUUCCGUUACCGAACUCACCGACUCGUCCCGAGGGUUGUUCACAUCCCGUACUACGUGACUCCUUGUGACUCUUUCUCUCGUCCUUACGCGCGUUCUAUGUGCCUUGAGCUUCAAAGAAUCCACCGUAGUAGUACCGCGAAGCAGCCAUUUGUUUCCCCUCCUCCUCCUCCUCCUCCGCCGGAGAUUGAUCCAAGGUACGGCGUCGAUAAAAGACUCGUCCCCUCCGGUCCUAAUCCUCUUCACAACUAAAACUCUCGCGGUCUUUCCCCAGUUUAUCAUAUUCAGAGACCUACCUUACUUACACAUUUUAUAGUUGACAUAUUUUUUGGGCGUUUCUUGGAGUACACGCUUGAGAGAUAUGUGUUCUUCAAGAUUUCUUUUGCCUGAAGACGCAGGUUCAUCAUUUCUUUUGUGAAUCUUUCUUGAAUCUUGAUUAAUAUCUACUCUUUUUGACGAUUUUCUUAGGAUAUUUUGUUGUUUUUUAUCUUUCAAAAAAAUAUCUACUCUUUUGAUCUUGUAAUAACCCUACGUUACAUGGGGAGAUAUUAUUGAUAUUUCCACGCUUGUUUUGUAGA